AUGGGCUACAAGUCAAUGGCUCUUAGGGUCUCGCAUUGCAUUGCCAUCUACAUCCUCCUAAUCACGGUGCCAAGAGUACGAACAGACGACAGUGGUGACUAUUUCGUACAACAGCCGGUCAGUCAAUCAGUGACCCUCAACAGCACCUUCACAUUGGCCUGUCGUCUGCGAGUGAGCCUGUUCCAAGACACCAGUCCACCAAGACACCAGACACAGAAACCCACUGUCCAGUGGAUUCGCAAUAAAUUCGGGCUUGGAACCACAAGAGAGGACAUUCAACAGGCUGGAAUGGAGGCCAACUCCCUCCGCUCGCGAUAUGACCUACCCUAUAAUUUGGAUGAAGGCCAAUACGACCUUCAAAUUCGUCAAGCCAAAAGCCUUGAUGAGGGACAAUACGUGUGUCAACUGCGCUAUAAUCAGGAAACCAAAUUCAGCCAAACUGCUGAUGUCCGUGUCCUGGUGGCGUCAGAAGCUCCCACGCUGGUCCAGCUGGGUAUAGGCAAUGACGAGGACAUGAGGCGUGUCGGACCACAGGUAGCCGCGACAGCAACGGAAGGCAGCUACCUGCGGCUUCUUUGUAUUGCCAAGAAUGGCAAACCCGGCGCAAAGCUCUUCUGGACAUUGAACGGAAGCCCACUUAUGAUUGUCCACAAUGAGGAUGGUACAAAGGGCAAAAUCACCAGUCACAUUGAGGGCAACGUGUCAAUCAAGAGUAUAUCUGCCCCCGAGCCACCUUUCUUGUAG